GGCAGCAAAGCUAUCUUAUUUAUAGAGAAAGGAGCGUACUUCAUUUGCAAAAUGGAGAAUUUGUUGUUGAUUGUACUAAUAUGUAGUGCUACUAUAUUGUUGUCCAUAGUGCUCAGUGUCUACAUAAACUACUUCAAGCUUAGUCCAGUCUGUUUCAAUAUCAGAUCAUCAAAUCGCAGAAGACUUUCACUUCCUUUAGGUAGUCUUGGAUGGCCUUUUCUUGGUGAAACCAUUGAGUUUGUGUCUUGUGCUUACUCUGAUUGCCCCGAGAGCUUCGUCAAUAAACGUCGCCAUAGGUAUGGGAAGGUCUUUAAAUCACACAUAUUUGGGAGUCCAACUAUUGUUUCAACAGAUGCAGAAGUGAGUAAGUUUGUUCUGCAAAGUGAUGCCAAGGCUUUUGUUCCAUCUUACCCAAAAUCUCUCACAGAGUUGAUGGGAAAGUCUUCUAUACUGCUCAUCAAUGGAAACUUGCAAAGAAGAAUACAUGGACUCAUAGGAGCCUUCUUUAAGUCACCACACCUCAAAGCUCAAAUCACCAGUGACAUGCAGAAGUAUGUACAAGAAUCAAUGGCAACUUGGAGAGAUGACCUUCCCAUUUUCAUUCAAGAUGAAACCAAAAAUAUUGCAUUCCAAGUACUUAUCAAGGCCUUAAUUAGUCUGGAUCCUGGUGAAAAUAUGGAGUUUCUAAAGAAACAGUUCCGAGAAUUCAUUGCUGGCCUCAUGUCAAUACCCAUCAAUAUCCCUGGAAGUAGACUUUACAGAUCAUUACAGGCCAAGAAGAAAAUGGUUAAGCUAGUUCAGAAAAUUAUACAAGCUAAAAAGGAGAGUGGAAUUUCCAAUGGUUCUAAAGAUGUGGUGGAUGUUUUGCUGAAUGACACAAGUGAUCAAUUAACAGAUGAUCUAAUAGCUGAUAACAUGAUUGACAUGAUGAUACCAGGAGAGGAUUCAGUUCCACUUCUUAUGACUCUUGCAAUCAAAUACCUUUCAGAUUCCCCCUCUGCUCUUCAACAAUUAACGAAGGAGAACUUCGAGUUAAAAACACUCAAAGAGCAGCUUGGAGAGCCACUGUGUUGGAGUGAUUACUUAUCCUUACCAUUUACACAGAAUGUGAUUACAGAAACUCUAAGAAUGGGAAACAUCAUUAAUGGAGUGAUGAGGAAGGCCAUGAAAGAUGUAGAGAUAAAAGGUUAUCAUAUACCAAAGGGGUGGUGUGUCUUCACAUACUUUAGAUCAGUUCAUCUUGAUGAGAAUAACUAUGGUGGGGCUUAUGACUUCAAUCCAUGGAGGUGGCAAGGAAAAGACAUAAGCAGCUGUAACUUCACUCCUUUUGGAGGUGGACAAAGACUUUGUCCUGGGCUUGAUCUGGCUAGGCUUGAAGCUUCUAUCUUCCUACACCACUUUAUCACUCAGUUCAGUUGGGUUGCUGAGGAUGACACAAUUGUGAACUUCCCGACUGUAAGAAUGAAAAGGAGGAUGCCAAUCUGGGUCAAGAGAAAAAAGGUCGACCAUCCCAGCCAGUAUUUUCAAAGAAAAAGAAGUUUAGGCAACUUGUACACAAAGGUACAAUACAACCAGGCACGAAAAGACUGUCUUUGUUUGGCUCUAGCUAGUCCACACGUGUGGGAGGGGAUCACAUGAUGACUCAUUUUUGUCCUCAUAGUAUUUUUUUUUUCGGCAAUCGCUUAAUUUGCUAGAAAGCAAUCUCUUGUGAUUUUUUACCCACUUCCUUAUAAAAUGUGAUUAAUGA